UCUUUUUGCUUACUUCUCUCUUUCUCUUUUUCGUUUCUUAAAAGAAGAAGACCUAGCAAAGAUGGGGAUCGCUGAGACACAAGGCUACAAGCCUACUACGUGGGCUGCCAUUAAUAAUGCCACUCUUCCCGCAGAAGGUGCAGGUAACCAGACCUUUGACAACCGUGUCUUGUUUGGUGCAUGGGUCGGUAUUCCAGCACUUUUAAGCUAUGUACUUGGAUUCUCUAUCUUUGGCUUCCUUUUCCUUGCCAUCAUCUUGGCUCUCCCUAUCCUCGCCUCUACCAUCUAUCUUUUCUCUCGUUUUGCCCCCCGUUACCGUAACCGUAUUGCUCUCCCCGGAAAGCCCAUCGAAACCUAUAUUACUAUCCACGACCCUGAAUUGAAGGCUCAGUACUUUGGCCGCAACAAGAUCCCCAUGGAGACUUUCUUCGAGGCUUUCUUUGAAGGCAAGAUUGACUUCAACGGUGAUGCUCUCGAGAUUAUGGAACUCCGUCACGAUUGGGCUGCCUUCCAGUUCACCCUUGGUCAGUUCAAGUUCUUCCUUCUUCAGUGGCUUCCCGAGACAUUCUGGCACUCCCGUGAUCAGGAUGAGACUCAGGUCCGCGAGCACUACGACCGUGGCAAUGACUUCUACGAGGGCUUCCUCGGUCCUUUGAUGGUUUAUACUUCCGGCAUCAUCUCUGACCCCACUCAGCGCGAGACUCUCGAAAAGAUGCAGGAGAACAAGAUGCACUUGAUUUGCAACAAGGUCCACUUGAAGGAAGGCGAGAAGCAUCUCGAUAUUGGAUGUGGCUGGGGAACUUUGACUGCCUUUGCCUCCAAGCAUUAUGGCAGUCAGUCUACUGGUGUCACUUUGGCCCGCAACCAGGUUGAGUUUGGUAACAAGCGUAUUGAAGACUGGGGUGUCAAGGAUAAGGCUCGUCUUCUCUGCAUGGAUUACCGUGAUAUUCCCGCCGAUGAUACUUACAACAAGAUUACCUGUGUUGAGAUGGCCGAGCACGUUGGUCUCCGUCGCUUCCCUCAGUUCCUCCACGAGGUCCGUGAGUUGCUCAAUGAUGAUGGUUUGUUUUACAUGCAGGUCGCUGGUUUGAGAGCUACCUGGCAAUACGAGGACUUUAUCUGGGGUCUUUUCAUGGCUAAAUAUAUCUUCCCUGGAGCCGAUGCUUCCACUCCUUUGUACUGGUACAUCCGUCAGUUGGAAAUGGCCGGAUUUGAGAUCCAGAGCGUUGAUACCGUUGGUGUUCACUACUCUUCUACCCUUGAGAAAUGGUACCUUAACUGGGAACAGAACAAGGACGCUCUUCGUGGCAAAUACGGUGACAAGAUCUGCCGUGUCUGGGAACUCUUCCUUUCUUGGUCUACUAUCAUCUCUCGCCAGGGCAGUGCCACUUGCUUCCAGAUUGUUGCCAACAAGAACAGAAACUCCUUUGACCGCGCCGCUCUGAUCAACAACCGCACCAACCCCUCUGCCUGGACUGCCCAGCGCGGUUAAAUAUUUAAUCAAAAACGGUCUCAGUUAUUGAUACCCGACACAACAACAACAAAACCUUAUAGCUAAAAAAACAGACAGUAUUAAGUUAGUUAACCCUACUGUUUCGUACAAAUAUUUACACCAUAUUUUUUUUUUAAAAAAAAAUAAUGUUUAUGCUGAUAAUAAUAAUAUAUAUUUUGCGUUUAUAGAUGCAACUUCAUCUUUCCUAGUAAAAGCCUGUAAAUUUUGAAGAAAAUAUUCUAUUAUUCGCAACCAUUUCUU